GCGGGGGGGAAGCCAUGUCCCGCCGGAAACAGGCCACCCCCAAUAAAGUGCGCUGGGAGCAGGUCUUGGCCGGGCUGGAAGAGCACAAGCGGCGGGCCGCCAUGAGGAAGAGCCUCCCGGGGCUGCUGGGCGUCCAGCCUGCCGUCGUGGGGCAGGAGCUGCCGUCGCCCCCGCCGGGGAGAGCCUCCAGCAGCAGUGAGAGCGAGGAGGAGACCACCCAGGACGAGGCCUCUUCUCCGGCUUCUGAGGAGGACGGGACAAGGGGGGCUGCCGUGAAAAAGGAGCAGGGGUCGGCGGAGCAGCCUGGGGAGGGCAACCCCGGGAUCGAAGCGCAAGAGAUGGGAUUCAGCACUAACCCAGAUGCCUUGAUGGGACUCUCCCGCUGUCCUCUUUGUCAACUGGAAUGUGGCAGCAGGGAACAGCUUGUGACUCACGUGUACCAGCACACAGCGGCUGCAGUCAGUGCCAAGAGCUACCUGUGUCCUGUCUGCAGCCGAGCACUCAGCUCCCCAGGGUCGCUGGGUAGGCACCUCCUCAUCCACUCAGAGGACCAGCUGUCCAACUGUGCAGUAUGUGGGGCGCAUUUCACCAGCCACGCCACUUUCAACAGUGAGAAAGUGCCGGAAGUGCUGUCUGGAGAUUGCCUGCCUGCUCCUCCCCAAGAGGGCUCUUCUAGCACUGAAGAGAAAGCUGCUGCUGCUCUCGGCCCUGCUGUGUAUCCUGCUGGCCUCCUCCUCGUGUGCAACAGCUGUGUGGCUUACCGCAAACUUCUGGAGGCUCAAGCCCCAGGGGUGCGCAAGUGGGCCUUACGGAGGCAGAACGAGCCUCUGGAAGCAAGGCUGCAGCGCCUAGAACGAGAACGUACAGCCAAGAAAAGCCGCCGGGACAGUGAAACACCAGAGGAACGGGAAGUGAGGCGCAUGCGGGACAGGGAGGCUAAGCGCCUACAGCGAAUGCAGGAGACAGACGAGCAGCGAGCACGGCGCCUGCAGAGGGAUCGCGAAGCCAUGCGUCUCAAACGUGCAAACGAAACCCCCGAGAAGCGGCAGGCUCGCCUCAUCCGAGAACGUGAAGCAAAGCGACUCAAGCGGCGGCUAGAGAAAAUGGACAUGAUGCUGCGUGCUCAAUUUGGCCAGGACCCCUCGGCAAUGGCAGCACUGGCUGCCGAGAUGAACUUCUUCCCGCUCCCUGGGGGAGGCAUGGAAUUGGACAGCCAGCUGCUCAGCAAAAUGUCCUUUGAGGAGCCAAGCCCCAGCACGCUGCCUUGAACCGUUCCCCUGUGAGCUCUUUGGAUUGGAUCUUUUUACUGUGCCAGUGGACCUGGAAUGUGGCCUGCAAAUUGCUUCUCUUCUAUGGGUGCUACAGGUUACAAUGGAAAUGGUGGGUUGCCGGGAGAUAAUAAAUUGCCUGUAUGUGUUCCAUG